AUGGCCACCAACUACAAAAGUUGCCCAUUGAAGAAACGUCCCAUCAUUUAUGUUAAGGAAGAACAAGAACUCCAACAACCCCAUCAUCAGGUCUAUGAACAAAUGGAAGCCUUGGCUUUGACCAAAACAUCCAUGGCGAUGGGUCAUCCAGCUAUUGAUGAUGAUCAGCCACAAGAUUUGUCAUUGAAGCGCAAGGCUAGCGACAGUUUCGAGGAUUAUGUCGUCUCGGCCAAGCGUGAAUGUGUUCUAAAUCUUUCCAGCCGAUCAUCGUCUUCAACUGACAUGGAGAAGCCUGUCAUUAGCUCACCCAUUAUGGAUUUAUCAGGCAGCUCGGCCAUGUUAUCACCUCCGGCAGAAAUUGACUCCAGCAUGGAAUACCAGCCCAGCAAUAUCCACUUGCGUGGUUUGACAGCUAAUACCAGCGGUUACACCACAAAUCCCUACCAGUCGGCUUUCGUAAUGGCAGCCGGUUGCAAUCCCAUGACUGCCCUGUGGAAUACCUAUCAGCCCAAUAUCUCGGCCAUCUUCCCUUCACCAGCCUCAUCGGUGGCAUCUGCUGCCUCGCCCAGAUCAAACUACAGCUAUCAACACAUUACCCCACCUUCAAGUCCCGGCUCGGAGAUGGUUUCCGAACCAGAGGAUCUUUCGGUGCGUAAUGACAUACCGCUGCCCGCUUUAUUCCAUAUGUUCGAUGAGACCCCCAGCCAUUGUGGUGCCGCCUCCUCCUCGUUCUCGUCGGCAUCCUCGGUUUACUCGCACAGCAGCUCCUCCACCACGGGUUCUUCGGCAUCAUCUUCCUCCAUGUGCUCAUCAACACAGAGUGCCAGCAAAAACUAUCGCUUCAAGUGUGAGAAAUGCAACAAAAUGUACUCCACCUCCAUGGGUUUGUCCAAGCAUCAACAAUUCCACUGUCCAGCGGCCGAGUGCAAUCAGGAGAAGAAGCAACAUUCCUGCCAGGAUUGUGGUAAGCUCUACACCACCAUGGGAGCACUGAAAAUGCAUAUCCGCACUCACACUCUGCCCUGCAAGUGUCCCAUCUGUGGCAAGGCCUUCUCGCGACCAUGGCUAUUGCAAGGACACAUUCGCACCCAUACCGGCGAAAAACCAUUCCAGUGUCCCGACUGUCCACGCUCCUUUGCCGAUCGCUCCAAUCUGAGAGCGCACCAGCAGACUCAUGUGGAUGUGAAGAAAUAUGCCUGCAAGGUAUGCAACAAAUCCUUCUCACGCAUGUCAUUGCUCAACAAGCACGCCAGCUCCAAUUGCACCAUCACAAUUGCGUAAACUGCACAGCCUGCCAUAAACUCCAAGCAAAAGCAAAAAGCUCAACAACCACAACGAAAUCUCAUAACAUUCCGCUGGAAAGGAUAAAGUCGUUAACUUUUUGAUCUUUUUUUUAUU